CGGACGGCACCCGCGGCGACACAUGGCCGCGCUCCAAGCUGACGUCUCUCUCCUCCCCGCCCCACCUCCACCUCCACCUCCAGGCUCGCCUCCCGAGUUAACCCCAUCCCCAUCCCGUCCUCGACCUCAAGGGUUCCAGAACACUCACCACCCAGCUCCUUCCACCCCCCACACCUUCUCCUUCCCGUGCCAUCGAGCUGCUUGCUCUCCUGUUGCUGAGAGGGAGGGCGUGCGUGAGGAUCGAUCGAGAACAGGAUGGAUCGAUACGAGGUGAUAAGGGACAUAGGGUCCGGGAACUUCGGGGUCGCCAAGCUGGUGCGAGACAUCAGGACCAAGGAGCACUUCGCCGUCAAGUUCAUAGAGAGAGGCCAGAAGAUUCCACAGUGGAGGACUACAUGAUUCAGCAACCACGGUCCAAUGGCAGCAGAGCGCGUGGUGGCUCGAUCCUAACGCUUGGAAGGCUGUGUUGUGCUAACUGGUGUCAAAUCUCAUCUCCGCCUUCUUAUUAUGCUGAGAUUGAUGAGCAUGUUCAAAGGGAGAUUAUGAACCACCGGUCUCUGAAGCAUCCAAAUAUAAUUCGAUUCAAGGAGGUUGUGCUGACUCCCACACAUUUGGCAAUAGUUAUGGAAUAUGCCUCUGGCGGUGAGCUAUUUGAAAGGAUUUGCAAUGCAGGGAGAUUCAGCGAGGAUGAGGGAAGGUUCUUCUUCCAACAAUUGAUUUCUGGAGUGAGCUACUGUCACUCAAUGCAAGUAUGUCAUAGAGACCUGAAACUAGAAAAUACUCUGUUGGAUGGUAGUGUCGCACCUCGACUGAAGAUUUGUGACUUCGGUUACUCCAAGUCUUCUGUCUUGCAUUCUCAACCGAAAUCAACCGUUGGCACACCGGCAUACAUCGCCCCAGAGGUCCUCUCUAGAAGAGAAUAUGAUGGAAAGGUCGCCGAUGUUUGGUCUUGUGGAGUAACGCUUUAUGUGAUGCUUGUCGGAGCAUAUCCUUUUGAGGACCCUGACGAGCCAAGGAACUUCCGCAAAACUAUCACUAGGAUUCUCAGUGUACAGUACUCCAUCCCAGACUACGUUCGAGUCUCAGCAGAUUGCGUGCAUCUACUGUCCCGCAUUUUCGUUGGAAAUCCUGAGCAGCGGAUAACCAUUCCGGAGAUUAAGAACCAUCCAUGGUUCCUAAAAAACCUGCCUGUAGAGAUGACCGACGAGUACCAGAGGAGCAUGCAGUUGGCAGACAUGAACACGCCAUCACAGAACCUAGAAGAAGUCAUGGCGAUCAUCCAGGAGGCGCGGAAACCAGGCGAUAACGCCCUUAGGCUUGCUGGGCAGGUUGCCAGCCUGGGGAGCAUGGAUCUAGACGACUUUGAUUUCGACGAUAUCGAUGACAUUGACAUUGAGAAUAGUGGAGAUUUCGUGUGCCCGUUGUGAUGGUCACGGGUGGUUCAAAAGUAGCGGCAUUUGAUUUUCUUUGUAUGGUUUGUCCGUGGAUGGAUUCCUUUUUUUCAUGCUUUUGGGUUGCAUGUUUUCUGUGACCGAGAUAUUGGCCUUACUGUAUAGUAUAAACAAAGAAAGACUUAUUUA